AUGUACGGCACCGUGAGCGCAAGUGCCAGUGCCGCCAGCGCGCGCGACGGCCUGGCACCGCCGCCGCCUCUUCUGUCGCCCUUCCGCUACCACGUACAGCCGAAUGACACGCUGGCUAGCAUUGCGCACAAAACCCGGACGACAGAAGAGGCGCUGCUGGUGCUCAACCCGCUGCUAGGACGCAAGAAGAAGCACGUCAAGCUCUAUCCGGGUCAGCAGCUCAUCUUGGAAGAGGCUCAUGCCGUGUCGCUGCCGCCUCCACCCGAGUACAUCGACAACGGGUGGGGACAGAUGCAUCUCGUGCGUUCAGGAGAGACGUUGCGCGGCAUUGCGGCGCUGUACAACACGACGGAAGCGAUUCUGCGCCAGGACAACCGCCGCUACUUCCCCACGGGCGAGCGCAGUCUGCUGUGUCCGGGUCAAUUACUGCAUGUGCGGCUGAUGAAUACGGGAGAGAUGGAGACAAAUGACAGUGGAAACGGUCGAGACGAAGCCCCCUUGGAGCUCCAGAAUUUGAGCGAACAGGAAGUCACGUACGAUGGCUCGUCGGCUGCUUUCGCGCGGUACAAGACACACGCGGUCACUCCCACGGACACGUUCACGUCUAUUUGCGAGCGGUACAAUAUUCCUUACUCCCACUUCUUACAGAUCAAUCGUGGCCGUUACCCUGUCGGUCGGCGUGCUGAGCUGGUACCUGGUGAGCGAGUGAUUGUGCCGGAUCUAUUGGCGGCCCAACAAGCAGCUAGUCGACGCAACAUUGCAGAAGUAAAACUCACGAAGCAGAUUCAUGUCGUGAAACCCGGUGAUACCCCCGAAGGACUGUCGAAGCUCUAUGGCAUGACGUACGACGAAAUGCGCGAGUACAAUCGCGCCUACUUUCCCAAAGGGUACAGUGGCGAGAUCCGACCAGGCUACAAGUUGGUGGUCAAGCGAGUAGUUGACAUGGACGUCUCAGAUUUGCCACAACAGUCGCAACAUGAUGGGUACAGGGAUCUUGACGCAAUCAGUUAG